CCUCUUCUAGUACCUUCGGCUCUUCUUCCUUCGGAGCGAGCCCUCGUAUCGCAUGGUCUCUCUUCUCCACCGCGAGCCAAACUCAGAUCUCUUCCCUUCGCAGCGUGUUGAACGCCAUUCGAGCAAUCCCUUCGCUUCGCAGUGACCCGUCCGCCCUCUUUUGAGAGGAGGAGGUACGAUGGAGGUGGAAUUUUCAUCGAAAUGCACGACCUCCCGCUGGUCUGUAUGAGGAGAAGAGCCCGUCGUGGAGGAAGAAGGUUGUUCCUUCUGUUUUGUGCAUUCCAGAUACCUGUUUACAGUCCUCAGACUAUUCCUUAUCGCUUGCAAAAAGGGAAAAAUUGAAAUUUAGAUUCAAAAGAUUUAAUAGUUAUAAGUUUGUUAUAUGAUAUCAGUAUCUAAGGGAAAAAUUGUAAUUUAGAUUCAAAAGAUUUAAUAGUUAUAAAUUUGUUAUAGAAUAUCAGCAUCUAAGGUUAGUUUAGCUUCUCUAAAAGGUUAUGUUAAAGUGAAUAGUAGGAAGAAACACCUAGAAAUUCUACAUUUACUGGCUUAACUCCUUCGAACUGAAAGGUCAAGAUAGUUACUCCAGAAAAUUUUUUUAAAGUGAGUUCUACUUUUUAGUACUAUAAUUGGGCAAGGAAGUAUUCUGUCUUUAUGAGUGGUAGAAAAGAAACUAGUGAGCCUAUUUUACUAUGCUAUAACAUUAAACAGUUCUUUGAUAUACUGCAUCUAAUGAAAAAAAAAUGUUUGUCAUGAUGACACAUUUUCUUUGGUUUUGUUAUCUUAGCUCGCAAGAAGUUUAUUUAGACUACUAAAUACUCUGAUCAAUUACUUGGGAAAUAAUACAAAAGAAAGUGAAGACAAUUGAGGGAUUCAACCUGAUGAAAAAACUGUCUUCAAUAAAGUGUUACUGAGAAGGUCAAUUGUGAAACAUCAUCAACUUCUGGAGAUGAUAUAGAGAAUGGAAAUCAAGAGGCAAAAUCAAAAGAUGAGGUGUCUGCUUCUGCUAAGAUGAUGAAGUUAAGUGGGCCAAGAUGGAAGAGAAAAGGUUUUGUAGAUAUUGCUCGUGGAAAUCCCAUGUCAAAAAUUGUUCUUCAAUUGCAAACUUCUCUAAAACAAUCAAAAAUUAAUGCAACUUUAUCAGGCUGCAUUGUUUUUGUGAAAGUAGAAGCAGAGGCAGGUGAGCUGCUUGAGCAAGCCUCAUUUGGCAAAAUCUUCACUUCUCAAGACGACAAACAACAUUUUCAAUUCAAUCUAGAAGAGUCUUUCUAUUUGUAUCAUGCUCUAAAAUGCAUCAAGAUUGUGCGAGAUGAUGAAGCUCCCUUCGAGGAAUUAGAAUUAUGGAAAAAAAUCACUUCUGAAAGGAAAGGGUUCCCUGAAUUAUACAAGGCAUAUUCUCAUUUAAGAUCCAAAAAUUGGGUGGUUCGCUCAGGAACUAAUUAUGGUGUAGAUUUCAUUGCUUAUAGGCAUCAUCCUGCACUUGUCCAUGCUGAAUAUGCAGUGCUUGUUAUACCUGAGAAAGAUAGCAAUGCAAAAAUUGAUCGUUUAAGCUCAUGGCCUGGCCUUUGUUGCCCUCUACGAUUAAGUGGAUCAGUUGCCAAGACAUUGUUAGUUCUCUAUAUUAUGGGCUGUUGCAAUAGCAAUAAGAGUUCAAUGAGUUGCUUGGAGGAAUUCACUGUGGAAGAGCGAGUUAUAAGACGAUGGGUUCCUGAGCAAUCUCGAGAAGUUCCACAAAAGGAGAAUGCAUUUUGUAUCUUCGAGAGACAGAUUGCUGGCAAACCUACACGAAAGGAAUGAUCACUUUGUAGGAUAGUGUUUACCUGUUUUUUAAAUUUUAUUAUACUAGUUAGUGUUUAUAAUAGACCGGUUAUUUUUUUAGUUGUUGUUUACACACUUCCGUGAAAAAUUGGCUCUGCUAAGCUGAAA